CUUUUUUAUUACAUCCUCUGCACUUUUGAUUCAAAAAAGAAAAAAGAAAUCUCAUGGCCGCUUUGCUUCUCAAGAACAGUUUCUGGGUUGGCAAAGAUAAUCUGUCAAGGCUGCGGACAGUCAAUCCAAAAACUCGGCUGUGUCAAAUUUUGUCCACAUUAUCAAGGAAUUAUUCUCAAAAGUCAACAACAACAACAGCAACAGCAACAGGCGCUAAUGCCACUAUCUUACAGGAUGACCAUCUUCAUAAAAGCUUACCUUUCCGAAAGAUUCCCAAUAACCGGCGGGCGCAGAAAUACUAUAACAAAAAGCAAAAAAGAGGAGAUGCGGAAAAUUACUCGGACUUGUUUGAGAAACGUAGCAGCACCGUAGUGGACGAUCCAGAGCUAUAUCGUAUAUUUUUCAGGAGUCCGGAUAAAAUCUAUUCAUUGGAAGAGGCACAGGUGUUUAUUAGUCAUAUUAAGUUUAACUAUGGCCCGUUAACGCAGUAUCAAUUCGCUAGGUGCCCUGAGACAAAAAAAUAUUUUGGAUAUGGAUUUUUGACAUUUAAAAAAGAGGAAUCGCUUCAAAAAGCACUUGCAGAUGGCUAUAUUCGAGUCGGACUCAAGGAUUUCGAACUGAAAAGGACGGGGCACAUGCCAUCGUCACGUUCUGUCAUCUAUAAACACACGGGUUUUUAUGGAUUCUUUGAUAUAAAUGAACUAAGAGCUGCAAGGGCCAAGCAAUUGCAAAAACAGCAACAGCAACAGCAGGGACAGGGACAAGGACAGGGACAAGGACAAGAACAAAUAACGGUGGAAGGCAGCGAAAGUAUGUCAGAACAGCAGCAUAAUAGUAAUAUAGCAGCGGCAUCAAUACCUUCAGAACCAGAAAGAUCAAUAAUAGGGGGAGAGGAUCGGCAUUCAUCUGAACCAUUCAAAUCAGCUCUACCUCUUCAAGAAAGAUCAUCUGUGAAAGCAACUGCUUCAAUACAAGCUUCGACUCAACAACAACAGAGCGCAGUGUCAGAGUCGACAGUAUCUCCAGAUGUAGCAGCAGCUACCGUACAAAGUGGAGUUAAGGCUAAAAAUGCCAGCAAGUCAACAGAGAAGCCAUUUUAUAUCAAGCUUGAGAAGAAAGGCUUGUCUCAGCUUUGGAAGGCUGGCAUUGUGAGGUCGGAAAAAACGCUAAAUGCGACAGGAGAGCAAAAGCAAGCAAUAGAUGGUGAUGUAAAUGAGCAAAAUGGCUCAAGUAGUUCAGGUCGAGCUAGUCAAACCAUCUCAAAGCAAAUCAGUUCUGCUCUCCUCAACGACCGCUCAUAGACAAACGUUUUAUUAGCCCCCCUUUUUUUUUUUUUUUGCG